CACACAGAUGCGUGGGGAUGACAGUGACAGCCCAGACCUGUCGACAGAGCAUGUGUAUAUUUUCGUUGGGGUCUCUGUGGCCUUGUUCCUUUGUCUCCUCCUCCUGGUUCUCGCCUUCCUCCAUUGUCAGCGUCGGAAAAAACACAGGCUCCCCGGCAGCCAAGAUGAGGAGCAGAGGCCCCAGGAGAGGGUCAGCCCAGCUGUUGACCUUCCCCAGAGGACACCAGAUGUGGCAACAGUCGGCAGACUUCCUGAGAAGGACAGGGAAGCGCCCAGCUCGGACCCGCCUGCAGGAAGCCCCCAGGACGUGACGUACGCUCAGUUAGACCACCAGAUCCUCGCACAGAGGACAGCCCGAGGCACGUUCCCACGGCCCACGGAGCCCACGGCUGAGUCCAGCACGUAUGCAUCCCUGGCCAGACCCUGACUCCGGACCCACCUGGCCUCUGCUCCUAGAGACAUGGGAAGUCACUCCUGCAGAAGCGUGAGGCGGCCAUUUGGAGGGCUUCCCUACAGAAUCAUCCCUUUCUGGAAAGCCAUGCGGUCAGCUCUCCCGGAGGCCAGAGGUGCACUCAGGAGACUCCUAAUCAGCGUCUAGGAGGUUCAUUAACCACGUGGUCCCUCCGAAAACCAACUAGAUGCUCACAGAGAAUGUGGAGCACUUCAUUUACAAACACCCAGAGCUACAGACCCCUGGCAGUUUCCGGAGACUCAGCUAUGGUCCCACGGUCACCCACAGGUGAUUCCAGAUGUGUCCUGUGUGUCCCCACCUGCCCCCAGAGGCUCUGAUUUACUCGUCUUCCAGAGUUCAGUAGUUGGCCCUGAACCCGGGCUAUACUUGGGCAGCUGAUCGCUGAGACCCUGUUUUCUGGAUCAUGCUUCAUUUUGUUCGCCAAUAAAUGUUUUCAC